GCAUAUAUUGGCAAAGUUAGAGAUACAAAAUUAAAGGGAUCGAUCGGAGACGUCAGUGAUCAGAAAAUGAGGCCUGUAAACAACUCCACUGCAGCUACUGUUGAUGCUGGCUUCCGGAACUUCAAAUCACCCAUUCCUUACCUCUUUGCCGGCCUAGCCGUCAUGUUGGGACUCAUUGUGGUGGCAUUGGUAAUUCUAGCUUGCUCUUAUCGUAAAUCUUUGCCGGACUCGCCUAGUGAUGCUGAAGAAAAACCAGCAAAGCCGGUACCAGACAUGGAGAUGGAUUCCGAGCCAAAGAUUGUUGUCAUCAUGGCUGGAGAAGACAACCCUACAUACUUGGCCAAACCCACCUCUAUCACUUCCCAUACUGAACCAGUCUAAGUUGAAAUAGUUAUAUUUUGUUAUUCUUUUUCUCUUAGCAUUGUAAUUUUCUUGUUUAGGCUUUGCGAGAAUAUGUAAAAAUGAGUUCAAAAUUCUUUGGUCAUUUUUAUUA